AUGACACGACGUCAAAUGGCCCCAUGGGUCCCGAAGUUCAUUGAAUCCGUUACAAAUAAUAAGAAUGAAACAAAUCCAUUCAAUACAUUUCAAUUUGCUACCAUUUCUCGAGCUCUCGAGCCUAAAGUUAGAACUGUUGUUUUUAGGGACUUUUUAUUCGGUGAUAAAAUGAAUAAUGUUCUUACUUUCAAUGCAGAUUUAAGAAGUGAUAAAAUUAAUGAUAUACAGAAGAAUUUUGAAUGUUGUUUUUAUUUUAAUUCCACUUGGGAACAAUAUAGAUUCAAUGGUCGUUGGUUUGUUAUCUCUUUAAAUGAUGAUUUCAAUUCUUGUAACCCCGAGAUUGUCGAUAAGUAUGGUAUAUUUAUAGGUAAUGAUGAUGAUGAUGAUGAUGAUGAUACCAGAGAUGAACAUUUUGAGAAACGGCCUGAGUCAAUUGAUUGGGAGCAUGAAGUCUUGAGACAGUGGAACUGUCUCUCGAGGUCAGCAAAGGCGUUGUAUAGAAAGCCGGCACCUGGAAGUCUUCUAACAGAUGAAACAAGUAAGAUACUAGACAAGAUUCAAAGGGGUGUCGAUGGUACUAAAGAAGAUGCUGGUCUUGAAAAUUUCGGUAUAAUUUGUUUAUGCAUUGAUAAGGUCGACUAUCUCAACUUGAAGGAUGGUAGAGGUGGCGAAAGAAAGAUUUUCAAGAGAGUUUUUGAAGUGCAAAAAGAGCAUCACUAUGAAGAAAAUACCGAUGAUGAUACCUCAAAAAAUAUUCAUGGGGAAGAACAAGAAGCUGCAGAGAUUGAGGUCUGGGAAGAAUGUGAUAUCUGUCCAUGA